AGGUCCCAACCCCUGCUUCAGUAUGUCAGUGACCUGAACCUCUUUUACUCGGUCUUACUUCCACAGGGAUAUUUGCUUAGACAAAAAUUCGGAAUAUAUAUUUUGGGACCCUAUAGAAGGAACUGGAGCACGGCUAACAUUGAGGUUCCCGAUCUGCUAGAACUUAGGAAGACAACAGGUGCAAGACUACCUCUUCUUGAGGCCUUGCAACGGCAAAACUCAACAACCCAGAACCCUCUGUCGCCAUGGAGAAAGCGCUCAAGCUGAUCACUCAGCUUGUGGGCGAGGCUCGCCCGGAAGCCCGCCAACAGGUUAUCCUUGCCCUCACAAAUCUCAUCCAUUCUCUGGAAACUCCCGAUGCCAUGGUUCAGCGGAUUGGAGGCUUGGUCUUGCAAACGUCUGCCACUGUGACAGCUGUGGACUUGGGGCUCUUCAGGCUGCUUGCUGCAGCAGAAGGGCCUGUGACUGUGGAUUCGCUUGCUCAAAAGACAAGCGCUGAGAAGCCUCUGCUGCGCCGACUGCUUCGCUUCCUCGCCGCCAUUGGCAUGGUGGACGAAGUGUCCAAAGACACGUUCGCAGCCAACCAUGCCUCCAGAAACAUGACUGCUAAAAUCGCUGAGGCAGGUAUAAAGCACUAUUUCUACACAGUCUGCCCGGAAUACUACGCUCUUCCGGACUACUUAAAGAACACGGGUUACAAAAACCCAAGCGACGAAACGCACACAGCCUGGCAUGACGCCUUCAAGACGGACAAGGGCCCGUUCACGUGGUUCUCCGACCACCCCGACAACAUGGCCUACUUCAACGACUACAUGGCGUCACGACGCGGACCCGAGCUAAGCUGGCUGUCUGUGUACCCCGUACGCCAAGAGGCCGCAAACUGGAGUGCCGGCCGACCGCUGUACGUCAAUAUUGGCGGCAACAUCGGCCACCAGUGCGCCGAGUUCCGCGAGAAAUACCCGGACAUUCCCGGACGAGUGAUUCUGCAAGAUUUGGCGCACUCUAUCGCCGCCGCCUUGCCUACACCUGGCGUCGAGAACAUGGUGCACAACUUCUUUGAGCCCCAGCCGGUCAAGGGGGCAAAGUUCUACUUCUUGCGCGGCGUCUGUCAUAACCAUCCCGACCAUAAGGUGCGCCAGAUUCUGGAGCACACCAAGGCGGCCAUGACAAGCGAGUCGGUGCUGUUGAUUGAUGAGAUCAUCCCGCCUGAGGUCGGUGCCAGCUUGGAUGCUACGGCGCAUGACAUGACCAUGCUGGCGGCCUUUGCGGGUGCGGAGCGUUCGGAGGCCCAGUGGAAGGCCCUCUUUGCUGAGGUCGGCUUGCGUCUGGUCAAGACGUACUUGUAUAACGCGCCGAGCUACGAGAGUGUCAUGGAUGUUCGCUUGGCCUGAGUGAUGAUGGGAUUGCGGGAAAUGAAUGGCAGUGGUUCGGAGGGCGUGACAUCGCACUUGCCUGGUUCUCCAUGACUAUGGACUUGGAUACUAGGUAUAUUACACAGUUUCAAGGCGGAGUAUGUCAUUGCACAUGUUGCGCCUCUUGAUGAGCAUCCAUUCGUUAGUUGGGCCUACCAAGGUGCUUACCCUUGGGAGCCCCUCAGCUCUUUAAACCACCAUAACGCAACCGUUCAAGUUGCUCGGCUGAUUGAUCUCUGCUCUGUUUCGAGAAAAGUUUGGUUUCAAGCGGCUACGUUGAAACCUAGGAACACGGAAGACAUGGCAACACCCGAUGAUGUUUGAAAUGUUUAUGC